GCCGACGUCGCCCCCCACAGCGAUGUCCCAUCGACAGACCCCGCGCCAGGCCGACCGCGACAUGCUCGUCGACCACCCGCACCCGCCCCACGCCCAUGCCAUGUCGGUGCCCCCCCAGCCGCACCAUGUCAACGGAAAUAUUCCGCCCACUCCUGCCCCGAUACCCAACGGCUCCGGGCACCCGCACGCGCAGCACCAGAUCGUCUCGCCGACGCACACCUCCCCCAACCUCCCUAAUCGAUCGGCAGUGCCUCUGUCCAUACAGAAGUUGACUCAGGCAAAUGAACAAACGUGGCUUUUGAUAGGCAGUGUCGCUGAGCAGAUGGGCGAUCUCGAACAUGCCUUGUCGGCGUAUGAGAACGCGCUGCGGCACAACCCGAUGUCUCUCACUGGGCUCACCCAGGUCGCCGGGAUCGCUCGGAUCAAGGAGAAUUACCCAAAGGCAGUCGAGUACUUCCAACGUGUUCUCGCCAUACAACAGGACAGCGGCGAGGUAUGGAGCGCACUCGGCCACUGCUAUCUGAUGCAGGACGAUCUGCAAAAGGCCUAUGCCGCGUACCAGCAGGCCCUGUAUCUGCUCCCGAACCCCAAAGAGGACCCGAAGCUCUGGUACGGCAUCGGUAUCCUGUACGAUCGAUAUGGUUCCCUGGACCACGCCGAGGACGCAUUCGCGUCCGUCCUGAGAAUGGACAAGAACUUUGAUAAAUCGAACGAGAUCCUGUUCCGCCUGGGAAUCAUCUAUAAACAGCAGGGCAAAUACAACGAGUCUCUCAGGUGCUUCGAGGACAUCCUACGUAAUCCUCCGAGUCCUCUGGCCCAUGCCGACAUCUGGUUCCAGAUUGGCCAUGUCUACGAGCAACAGAAAGAUCAUUUGCAUGCGAAGGACGCGUACGAGCACGUCGUCGCCGAGAAUCCGGGUCACGCCAAGGUCCUCCAGCAGCUAGGCUGGCUAUACCACCAGGAUGGCUCUUCGUUCCAGAACCAGGACCUCGCCAUCCAGUACCUCACGAAGAGUCUCGAAGCCGACCCCUCCGACGCUCAGAGCUGGUACCUCCUCGGGCGCGCGUACAUGGCCGGCCAGAAGUACAACAAGGCGUACGAAGCUUAUCAGCAGGCUGUCUACAGGGAUGGCCGCAACCCGACGUUCUGGUGCUCGAUUGGCGUGCUCUAUUUCCAGAUUAAUCAGUUCCACGACGCCCUGGACGCGUACUCCCGUGCCAUUCGCAUCAACCCGUACAUCUCGGAGGUCUGGUUUGACUUGGGCAGUUUAUAUGAGAGCUGCAACAAUCAGAUUUCGGAUGCCAUCGACGCCUAUGCCCGAGCGGCGGAACUGGACCCGACAAACCCCGUCAUCUCUCAGCGCUUGCAGUUGCUCAAGCAGGCGCAGGCGACCGGGAGUGCGUUGCCCGCUGCCCCCGGUCCUCAGGAUGUCCACCCGACUGCAUACGCGAGUGCCGUUGUCCCGCCACCUGGGCCGCCGAUGUCGCUGCAGAUGACCCACCAUCCGCGCCCGCUCUUCAGGACGGAGUCGAGAGGUCCGCCGCCCACUGACGGUAGCCUCGCUUUGCCGCCCCCUCCUCAGGUGGCUGCCCCCAGAACGUCGUCUCCUGGUCCGUUCAGAGGUGGACCGCCACCUCCCGUUGUGGUUGAUGAGAGCCGUCAGAUUUCUACGCACACCCCACUGGCUCGGAUGGAGGUCGAUCGUCCACCGCUGCAUGGUCGACAUUCGUCGGCCUAUCCUCCUGGUCCUGAGACUCCUUCGCGCGGUCCCGCGGGUCAUCAGAGUAUCCUACUUCACCAUCCUGUUCCUCAGCAGCAAUUCCCGCCGGAAGAGAUUCGUGGCGCUGGUGGGCAGCCUCAUCUACAUGAUCCUUAUGCAGGUCGUCCGCCUCUCCGUGUACCGUCUACUUCGACCUCCCCGCCUCCUCAUGGUGGUCGUCCUCGAUCACCUCCUGGUCCACCUGGGUACCCAGGGUAUGGUGGGCCUUCAGCUCGUGGACGUAUGGGUCCCGGGCAAGCGUCAUCGCAACGGUCGCCUCGUGCUUACGCGUAUGAGGCCGUUCCGCCCAUGGAUAGAGAGCAAGCUUGGGAACGUCGACCCGCUGUGCCUAGCGAGCACCGAGACUGGGAGCGUGAGCGCAGGGCCAGACACUCUGCCGAGUACCCCGUCCACCCUUCGCAAGGACAGAUGUACCCUCCGCCUCGCGCGCUCUCCCCCAUGUCUCAUCGGUCGCAUACUCCUCGCGAUCGGAGCCCUGAUGCGGGUGUCCGGCCCACGCUGCAUUCUGGGGGGUCUCGUUACUGGGAGACCAAGCCGAGCGGUCCUGGUACUGCUCCUGGCUCCAUCCAUCUCCGACACUCGUCGCCUCCGCCCCAGCCGCCAAUGGAGAUGAGCGGUAGGCGAUAUGAUCCGCGGUAUGAUGCCAGGGAAGCCCCGGUCGCGAGGGAUUUCGAGCGCGAGCAAAUGCUAGCCAUGGACCAUCGCCACGAGAGUCGCAGCUACGCUGGGUCGCCGGAGAGUAUGAGGGGCGUUCGGAGCUCGUUGCCGCCUCCUCCCCCGCCUCACAUGAUCAACCCUCAUCACGGCUCGGAGAGCCCGAUCUCGUCUGUGCAGAUGGCUCAGUCAGAGCCGAGGGAUCGUCGUAGGCGGAAUACGAGGGACAAGGACAGCGAUUCCAACGCUGGUACUGACGCUCCGGCGCCCAAGAAGGAGAGGAAGCGGAGAGCAGGGAGACGGGCGAAGGACGAGUCUCAAUCCCGUACGGAGACGCCGAAGCCGUUCCCUCCUGGUCCCUCGGGCGAGCGGCCGACCAUGGGUCACCAAGUGCCGUCCUUCAAGGUGAAUACGUACACGCCGCUGCCAAAGCCCGCGAACGGUACGCCGGAGCCUGCGAGCUAUAACGGGUCUGGGUCUGGGUCUGCGAAUAGGUCGGUGCAGCCGUCGCCGAGUAGUGCGAGCGCUCAUCCUCCCAACAGAGUUGUGGACGAAGACUAUGAUGAGGGCGUUGCUGACGCUCUUAUGGGAUUGGCGUCGUACCGUGGCGGCGAUGCUCGUGCCCCGUCCGCGAACGGGUCGUCUUCUCACUCGCCUCAUGUGUCAGCUUUGGGUCGUCCGCCUGCGUCACCUCGUGUUCCUCUGUCGCAUCGCGGGUCAAUAUCGAGUCAUGGACAUGGUUCGCCGCCCAUGCCGACGAAUAGCAUGAAGAGGCCGCUGAGCCCUGGCCCUGAGGAGAUGGGCGAAAUGAAGCGGUCGCGGAUGGAAGGCCUCAAGCGUCGCGCUUCAUCUCCCUCCGCGGGCAGACGCACGCCCGGUCCGUCGACAAGGCCCUCGCCUAUACCCUUCCGUCAGCAGCCUUCGUCGCACUCGCCGGAGUCGCGUCAGCAAAUGGAGGGCGCACACGCGUUUCCGCCUAGUCCACCGUUGCCUGCUGUGCUCCCCCCUCAUCCUCGUCCGAUCGGUGCUGGAUUGUCUAGCCAUGCGUCGCGUCCAUCGCAGCAUAUGACUCUUCCUCCUAUCGCUACAUUGUCUCCUACGUCUACUGGUUCUCCGCCAGGCGACGAUCCCAUGCGCAGAGAUCCCAGUAGGUCUGCUGGAUCAACACCACCGCUCCCUCCUCCGCGCAGCAAGAUCUCGGACGUCAUCCAUCAUCCUGCUGGGUCGCCGCCUGGGCCAAGGGCGACGCCAUUGCCGAUGCAGCAUGCACCGAAAGCAGAGCCUGUCUCAUAAGUUUCUUGUUCUUGUUCAUUUGUUACGACACGUUAUGACAUUGCAUGUGGUAUGGCUGGUGUAUCUAUUGGCUGUAUUAUCAUAGUAUGUAGUUGGUUUCUCGUCACUCCUGUAAUUAUGCACAUAGGAAAGUAUAAUAAUGUGUCGCUGGCUUGUUCAGAGUUGCUGAGGUGUGAUGGAUGUUGAGGCGAAAUGGCGGAAUGGGACGAAUGCUGACGUUC